AUGUCAACGCUUAGCGGAGCGAGAAAGUAUGGCAAGCUGAGGGCAGCGGAGUGCUUUAGCAAAGCCUUCCAGCCGGCUGAACAUGUCAUCAAUCGGGUGGACACCGACCCUCUGCCCACGCUGUUCAUCUCCCAUGGCAUUGGGCCCAUGCCCCUUCUGCUCGACCCAUCUGCCCCCUUCCGACGCAGCUUGGCCGACCUACCCCGCAGGCUGCGGCUGGAUGAGCAUUUGGUCCGGUGCAUCCUCGUGGUGUCGGCGCACUGGGAGAGCAGGGGCGGGCUGGAGGUGAGCUUGCGCCGGACUCAUGCGCAAGGUCUUCUGUAUGACUAUGCUGGGGCAUCCAAAGAGAUGUAUGAGGUGCACCACCAAUACCACCCUCCUGGUGACCCACAGGUGCCGGGCUGGGUGGUUGAUCUCCUUCAGGCGGCAGACCAGGAGAUCAGGAUCAACUCUGCCCGAGCUCUGGACCAUGGUGUCUUCGUUCCGCUGCUCCUCAUGCCUGACUUGGCAUCGGUGCCGGUGGUGCAGCUCAGCCUACCCGCCUUCGGCCGCAGGGGCUCCGAACUCGCGCGCCAGUGCCUGGAGGUCUCGUGGGGUGCUGAUACUCGGCAGUGGUCUUUCCACGAAUUCUGUGGACAGAAGAGCUCACGCGACUCUGCUGUGAUGUUUCGCCGAGAGAACGCCUCUUGGCCAGAUGUGCAGUGGCAGUGCAGCGAUGUGGCUUCUCAUGACUGCACUUCGAUUCACUGGUCUCUGCUCCCUGUCCACGGUCGUGAAGAGCACCUUCUGCCAUUGCACGUGGCUGCAGGCAUUGUCAAUGUGUGCGUACUCUCGACAGCUGAUUUUGCCAUCUCCUGCAACGGUGCUGCUACCCAUUGA